UUUUAUCGACUGUGCCAAGGCCAAGAAAAGGUGACUCUUCUCUCAUGCUUUGAAAAGAGUAUCCCUAAGACUCAACGUGCCAACCACUUCAUCUCUCUAUAAAGGCAGGAGUGAGAGCAGGACAUUGGACCCUCCUAGUCCUCCCGGUACUUACUUAACUGAUACUCCAGUCUGGAUUGGAAUUGGAGUAGGAAGUCCACGUGAAGUAGAGAAUAUGCAGGAGGGAAAAGCAGGAGGAGCUGAGAAGAUGAAGGGAAGCGCAUCAGAGUUAGCGCUGGAGGAGUUGCUCCGGAUCAUAAUGAUCGCCUCUCCUCCUCAACACCACCACCAGGAGCAGGACCAUCAUCCUCCUCCUCAAGACUACUGUUAUGACAGUCCGCAUACUACCAGUUCAAGCAUCACAGAUGCUCCUCCUCUCUCGCUUGACAAUUGGGACAUCAGUGGUCCUGGUAGUGAUCAUCGACAUGACAUGGCCGCCGCCACCUCUCUCUGGUAUCACACUCUCCUUACCAAGCACUCCCCUCCUGAUUCUAACUCGUCCAUUUUCGUUGGGAGCUGUACAGCAUCGGCUAAUAUGCCUAAAUGCAGAGAUUCCCAAGCAAGAGAAGCCACGAGUGGUUCAACCCACCAACACUCGGAUGAAGAUGAUGGUGCGACAGAGGCAGAUCCAAGCGAACUGAGCACAGAUGCUAUCGACCUCAAGCGCAUUAGAAGGAUGGUUUCCAACAGGGAGUCUGCUAGAAAAUCACGUAAAAGGAAACAAGCGCAGUUAGCUGAUCUUGAAAUACGGGUUGAGCAACUUAGAGGCGAAAACUCUUCUUUGUCUAAGCAACUAUUAGAUGCUGCACAGCACUACUGCCAUGCUGACACAAAUAACCGAGUGCUGAAAUCUGAUGUGGAAGCCUUAAGAGCUAAGGUGAAGCUGGCUGAAGAUAUGGUGGCUCGAGGCUCACUUUCUUGUAGCUUGAAUCGUCUUGUUUUGCAAACUUUGAAUCCCCAAAAUUCUAUUAGUACUGAGGAUCUUAGUGCUGUGGCAAAUGUUUCUCCUACAAUCACCGUCCACGGGGAUAAUGACUCUUCGACUGGGUUGACAGUUCCCAUGCCAAAUUCUUGCCUAGGAGUUGAAAACAGCAAUCCUAAUAACAGCAACUUCACAAAUGGAGUCAUCCAUGAUUCUGUAAGCUGUGUGUCUGAGAUGUGGUCCUAAAGUUCUGACGUUUCUUUCUGUUUCAAUUAGGUAAGUCUUUUAUCCCGCCAGUCCUAAUAGUUUUCUUAAAAGAUUUGUCUUGGGUGGUUUCUUCUUGUAAUCAGGCUGUCCCUUUAAGUUCAAAACAAUCUCCUGGGGAGACUUGAGAUGUCAGAGACUAAAGGACAAGUUUGCAUUUUUCUGUCUGUUGUAUCACUUAAGCGAUAUCUAGCGACUGUAUGUUUUUAAAAAAGCUCCAACUCGUGUGAUGUUGAACUGUUGCCUUCUUUGAA